CGCGGCGGUCACACACAGAUCUGGAAGUGCAAAGAGAGGAAGAGGCAGGGAAACGCCGCUGGAGCGGGGAAUGAUGGCGGAGAUCGAGAAGGAACAAGUUUGAUACCGGAGCAACACUGGAACCUCGGACGAGCUCUUCGGCUUCUAACUCUGUAACGCAACUAGAUGACUUUGCUUGAAUUGAGAGGACAGUGCUCCAGAAAAUCUCUGCCGGACCCAUGGAAAUGGUUGCCUAAACUCAGAUUGUAGUUCUCCAUCAAAACAUUUGCAAAGCUGAUUUGUUUUAGAAUAAAGUUGCAGUGAUAAACAACCAAGAUGAUCAAAACAGAAAACAAAGGAGGGGAAAGGAGUCUGAGAAGUGCGUCCCCUCACAGAAAUACAUACAAGUCUGACUUCCACGCCAUCAAGUGCUCCUUUGAUGGACCAAAGACCGAGGAUGCCUCAAAAACAUUUGCAAAUGGAUCAAGUGAAACCAGGGAUGAGUCUAGGGGAAGACCUUUUGGAACCAGAGUGAAUAAGAUAAAGAACAUAUUUCUACAAAUGGAUGGACAGCAACCAGAGACUCAAGAAGUCAAACAAACUUUAAAGUCUGAUGUCCCCCAAGGUUCCCCAACAAAGUUGCAGUUUCCAGUCAAUGCUCACAGAGUUCAUUUAAACAGCGCUUCAAGCCCUGAAUCCCACAGUUUAGAUAAAACACCCAAGGGGGAAGAUGUUGAGAUCGACAAAGUUGCUCUGGCGGAGAAGUUUUCUGUGACCAGAAAACUCUUUGAAAGAGGCGUCAAGGAGCAGCCAGCAGCUGAAAAACAGUCCCCAAAUAGAGUUGUUAAUCGUCUAUCCCUCGGAAGUGCCUCAGAUGAAGAGAAAAACACAAGGAGAGCAUCGGGAUGCAAAGAGAGUCCUGGCAAAUUGGAGCAAUCGCCCACAUCGGUAGCUAAAAGUUGCUCAGAUGAGAUAGCUGAUGGUGAAAAACGGCAUGUGUCUAGAGUGUCGCUGAAUGCAGGGCCUUUGUCAAAGAGGUUGGAAAAUUAUAUAGUUGAGAAUGACUCAGACGACAACAACACAUCUGCUGGGAAAGAAGGAGUGGCAUCUGCUAAACAACACAGCACCACUCAACACAUACAGCCGACUGUUGUGUCCAAGGACAACUCACACAAAGCUACUUCUCCUGUUAAAGAAGCCACAGACUCUUCAUUUGUUAAUAAUGUCCUCAUCAAAAACAAAGACAGCAAAUCUGGAUCUUGGGGCUCAAAUUUGGGAACUAAACCGACAUUACCAGCUAGUGGCGAAGUAUCUUCGGCAGCAGAUGGCACUCCAAAACUUCGCUCAUCAGAGCAAACGACCUCAAUUAGCCACAGCUACAAGUACCCCUCACCAACAGUUGAUAGAUUUAGUAGGACAUCUGUUGGUGAUGGUGCUAAAUCAUCAAGUUCACCCCCAAGGGAUGGGAAACAGCCUUUGCCGUCAGCUGGCGGAUUUCUGAACGCAGAUCGGAAUAAACACCCGGAAAAACCCAAGAGUAACGAUGGCCCAGCUCUCAGCCCUACAGGGCCCAAGCCACAAAGCAAGGCUUCAUCACCUGACUCCAGAGGGGGAAGCACAGUGCGAGCUGAACUGGUGGUGGUACAGAAUGAGUCCUCGGAUAGUGAGGAGGAUGAAAUCACUGAAGAUAAGCAGAAAGAGACAUUCUGUGAAGACCUACAAAGAGGCUUUCCAUCAGGACAAAACCUCAACUCUUCUUAUCAAAUCUCAUCACAAGAGACUAUAGAAGAAGCACAAAGGGGGGCAGAUAAUGUAUAUGAAGGUAGAGUCCCAGCAGAUGACAAGAGAUUUGGUGUAGAGACAAAGGAGGAUAACUUAGCAGUGAGUCAUGACACUAAUGAAGAGGAUGAAGCAGUGGAGGAGGAGGACGAGGAAGAAGAGGAUUCACUAGAGAAGCAAGUGGAGGAGAAUAUUCUGGAUAGAGUCUCUCCAGUGGUGCAUGGGAUAGAGAACGCAGCAUUUGUGGAUGAUAGAGAUGUAGACCAGGUCAUCAGGGAAGAGGAAGAGGAGGAGGAAGAUGAGGAGGAAGAUGAUCAAAUCUAUGGGAAUUAUGAUGAGUGUUAUGAAGUUAUUGGUCUCUCGGAUGAGGAUGACGCUCCCCCAAAAAGGAAAAUUAGGUUCUCCACAGAUCCUAUUUUGGUCUUCAGCACCUUCUCCAAUGAGGAUUACGAUCGGCGCAAUGAUGAUGUGGACCCUAUUGCAGCGUCUGCAGAAUAUGAGCUGGAAAAGAGAGUGGAGAAAAUGGAUGUGUUUCCUGUGGAAAUUCAAAAGGCAACGUCAUUCUCACCGCAGAGGAGAGCUGCUAUUGUAGAACAUGGAAUUACAACAGGAGACAAUGGGCUGGGGAUCAGUAUCAUAGGAAUGGGAGUGGGAGCUGACCAGGGUUUGGAGAAACUCGGUAUUUUUGUGAAAACGGUAACUGAGAACGGAGCAACUGAGAAAGAUGGACGGAUACAGGUGAAUGACCAGAUAGUAGAGGUUGAUGGGACCAGUCUGGUGGGAGUAACCCAGCUGUUUGCUGCAACUGUCCUGAAGAACACCAAAGGCACAGUGAGGUUUCUGAUUGGUCGAGAGAAGCCUGGAACUCAGAGCGAGGUGGCCCGCCUCAUUAGUGAGACACUGGAGCAGGAGAGGAACCAGCAGCAGCAACACCUGGAUGACCCUUACGACCAUUCCACAGAGGAGGAGGAGAGGUACGAGGAUGAGGACGACGACGUUAUAGAAGAAAGAAUUCUUGGGUCCAAUUUCUCUCCAGGGAGAAACGUGGAGGUGUUGGAACUGCCAGACUCAGAGGCCUUGUUCAUGCCGACAGACAUGAACAGCUCUCAGAUGGCCUUCAAGUUCAAAGAGCUGCAACUGAAGCACAGCGUUGCUACAGCUGAAAUAAAUCAACUGAAGGAAAAGCUAAGGAAAUCAGAGGAGGACAAAUCUUUGUGGGAAGAAAGGCAAUCUGCACUGGAGCAAAAAAUUGAGGAGAGCAACGACAAAAUCCUAAAGCUGGAGAGUUACUGGCUGGAAGCCCAGGCUGUGUGCAAGAGUGUGAAUGAACAAUUAGCCGAGAAUCAGGCUCAGUAUGAAGCCCUGGACAAGAAGUACAACAAGGCCAAGAAACUGAUCAAAGAAUACCAACAAAAAGAGAUAGAUUUUGUGAAGAAAGAGGAGGAGCUGAAAAAGACUCUGGACGAAAAAGACAAAUGGUACAAGGAGCAGCUGGAGAGCCUGCAGAACAGGAUUGCUGCCCUGGAGUCCAGAGGAGCUUCAGCUGUGGAGAGUCAGAGCGGACUAGACUCUGCUGCUGAGGACAGACUCAGCAGCCAAGACUCGGUCAACAACUCACAAUCCAUUGACUCUCUCUUAGAUCAAGACUGGACUGAAGGGGUCCCUGAAACAACACGCCUGGACACCAGCGCUCAGAAGGCCAAAUGCCGGUUGGCUCAGAUGAGCCGGCGCCAGGCUCCAACUCGAAGCAAACUAAAGGAAGGCCUGGCUGAACCCACUCAUCUUUCUCAGGAAACUGAAGAAGAGGACGAGCAGGAGGAGCAGGAAUCUGCCAGGAGGCGGCAGUCCACGCAGGAGAGCCCAGCACUCCCUGUCGACGUCUGCCACCCUGGACAGAAAGACAAUCCCUGCGAGACCGAAGAUGCUUCUAAAAGCAAAUUGGAGCUGUCCAACAGUCCAUCUUUGUCCCAGUCACUGGGGGAUAGUGUUAAAAGCUGCAGCAGUCCUUCGUUGUCUUCUCCAAAACACACGUCCUCACCACAAUCUCCUUCAGGUUUCACGCGCAACGUGAAGAAGAGAGAGUCCAAAGGCAAAGGGAAAGAACUCAAAGAGGAGUUGAGUGAGUCUUCUACAGCGGUAAAACCUAAAAGGCGAUUUCCAGAUUUUGGAGGCCUUCGGAAGUCAGGCGGCAAAGGAAAAAAAGACAAAGAGAAAGAGGCCCUGAGAGUUUCUUUGGACAGCAGGGGGUCUGCAGAGGUACUAGAGGAAUCUGGAGGGAACCUGUCUCCUGCAGAGUCCAUGACCUCUGUCCCCACUUGUAUGCCUUUCUCCUGGUUUGGAGACAAAGACAGGGACAGAGACAGAGAGCCGUCCUCAUCCAACAGCAGCUUGCCAUACGCUGCAAAUGAAACCAGCAGUGAGCAAAGCCAGGAUCGUAAAACUAAGACAAAUCUCUCCUGGUCCUCUUUAUUCAGUCGCUCUUUAGAUUUGAGUUUUUCAGUCAUAGAUGAUUCUAGCCCUGCCAGUCCCAGUUCAGACAUCUCUGGGUUAGUCGCUGAACCCAAUCUGUCUGGGCGCUCACACACUUUAAUCUUCUCUUCCAGCGAGACCUUGGAUGAUGAACCAGUCCCUGUUGGGAAAGAGUAUCAGUGGCAGAAUCGGCCCAUCUCCGAUUGGACCAAUCAGCAGGUCUGUCACUGGUUAAUGGGCAUGAACAUGGACCAGUACACUCCUGAAUUCACCGCAAAGGGAAUCGAUGGCCAGCAGCUGCUGCACUUAGACAGCGACAAACUGAAGGCACUUGGUGUGACAAGUCAGAGUGAUCGCUCAACUAUCAAAAAGAAGCUGAAGGACAUGCGGAAGGCCCAGGAGAAGCUGGAAAAACAGCGAGAGAAGAGAGAGAAAGAGGGCCGACGCAGUGGGAGGCUGCCGGUCCAGUGUGACUCCAUCUGCUGAUCAGAGCUGAAUUAAGUCUUUCCUUGACUUUCGUCCCUGUUCAGAAAAAAAAAAAUAAUCUGUAUUUCUGAUUCCAUGAUAUUCCUUUCAGGAGAUCAGUGAUUAACACGGUUGGCUUCAAUCAUUUGGCCAGCUGUGAGGAGUUUUCUAUCAUUUUCUACCUGUGCAGCUUUUCUUCUGGUGUUUUUUUUUUCAUAGUAUGAAUGAACUAAUAUAAGUUGUUCACUGCUUUUGAACGGACAACCAUACUUCUGUGACUCUACAGGAUAUUUGGAGAGAGUUGGUCUAGCUUCUCAUGCUGAGACCAUGAUGUGCCAGAUGGUGGUUUAUAUUCAGAAUGUUUCUAUUAUUAUUGUUUUCUAUCAGUUUCCAUUAACUACAGCUAAAAACCAUUUUAAUUAAAUGAUAGGGGAUGUCAAGUUUGGUAAGAAACCAAAACAGAUAUUCUAACACUUUUACCACUAAAACAAAAUCUUGAAACUAUAAUUAUUGAGAUCUGUUUCCGAUUAUAUUGUACAGUCCAGAUAAAAGCACUAUCAAUCUUUUAAGCUUCAAGGCAGCAAAGUUUUAAAUGUAUAAAUGAGUUUUAUACAUGUGCUGUUAACUGCAUUUUUACUUAAAUUUCUUAUUUUAUUGUGUACUAUCUACAUUUUUCUACUAAGUAGAAUAGCCAGACUAUUUUUUUUUUUGUCAAAAAGGAAAAGAAAUGAGAACCUUAUCACGUAGGGACCAGGUGAAUGCUGCUGCUGUGUGCCUGACUCAGACUGUUUGGCUUGAAUGGUACCAUGAUGCUCUGUAAAUACUCAAAGGAUGAGCCUGUGGCGACGACUGGCGUGGAUCCAGAGCCGCGUCACCGUGUGAAUGCAAGGCUGAACGAUGAAUGUUCUCCCCGAAACCGAAGUGCUUCCUUUAUGCUCAAGUCUAGCUCCAUGUUUGUACAAAAUAUUCAAUGUUGGACCAGAAGAAAACAAUGUUUUCUGAACUCUCAGAGAAGCUAAUCUUGGUACAUACAGCAUCAAUAAACUAAUAAUCACUUCUA